AGUGGGUAUGUAUGUCUUAUAAACAAGUGAUUCCAUUUACCAUUUUCUUUGCAUUUUGAUUUAUUUUAUGAUCAAUGCUACAAGGAUUCGUUGUGUUGUACGACGUUUGGUGAGACAGAGUUUUGGACGUGAAGUCUUUAACUCUGCAGCAGGAUGUUGGAGUCUGUGACCUAUGUGGUGAGGUAUGCUGCCUAUGGCAAUGACACAACAUCACUUGCACCAGCGAUUGAGAAUACUUCAGUGGCUCCAACCUGGCAUUCAGAUACAGAGACCAACAUCACUAAGCCUCACAAGUGUCUCCUGAUCCUUUAUAAAGAUAUUGGGGAUUCUAGGGUUCGCUUUUGGGAUCUUCUUUUAUUGGUGGCCUAAUGUAGCCUCUUCGUGUUUCUUCUGUGGAAGCUGCCUUCUGCUAGGGCCAAAAUAAGGGUUACUUCCAGUCCCAUAUUUAUCACUUUCUACAUACUGGUAUUUGUCGUGGCAGCUGUUGGGAUUACAAGGGCCGUCAGUCUCCAUGACAGUUAGUGCAUCUCAAGUGCUGCUACUAUAAUUGAUAAGAUUCUUUGGGAAAUCACACGUUUCUUCUUGCUGGCAAUUGAGCUCAGCGUGAUUAUCUUGGGACUUUGCUUUUGGUAAGCUACUGUUUCUUUGGCAGGUCACCUUGAAAGCAAAUCCAGCAUAAAGCGAGUUCUGGCAAUCACUGCAGUGUUGGCUCUGGCGUAUUCUAUUACACAGGGGACUUUGGAGAUUCUUUAUCUGAUUGCACAUCUGUCAGCAGAGGACUUCAACAUCUAAGGCCAUGGGGGAAGACACUUCUGGCUUGCCAGUUCAUGUUUUUUCUUUCUGGUCUAUUCACUGAUUGUAAUAUUGCCAAAAACUCCUCUAAAAGAUCGAAUCUCUCUUCCAUCCCGCAAGAGUUUCUAUGUGUACGCUGCAGUCCUGUCGCUGCUGAAUUUGGUUCAAGGUCUGGGAAGUGCAUUGCUUUGUGCUGGCAUCAUUGAAGGUCUUUGCUGUGUUGAUGCAACUACGUUCUUGUACUUCUCUGUGUUUGCUCCACUCAUUUACGCAACUUUCCUGAAAGGAUUCUUUGGGUCAGAGCCGAAGAUUUUGUUCUCUUACAAAUCUCAAGUAGAUGAGCCAGAGGACACAGAUGUUCACUUGCCCCCCACAUAUGGCGUGGGUAAAAAGGAUGCCUAUGACCCCAGCUCCUACUCCAGCACACAAAUAGACAGCUCGGGGGGCUAUCUGGAUGACAUUGCCUCCAUUCCCUACCCAGUGGGAAGCAUAAACAGUAUUGACAGUGACCGUUGGAGAAUGAUUAACUCCUAGGACUACAAAGAACAUAAAACAUAGCGUGGAAAGUGAAGGUUUGGCGAACACUGGCACCAAUUUCAAUCAUGAAAUUUUGAAGAACUUGUAGGAUUUUAUAAAUCCAUUUACCCAAGCAUGUUGUCCCCCUUCGGGGAAUCGGAGUACACGUUCAUGAGGUUAUAUGAUCUAGGCUUAUUGGCUUGCAAGAAGCAGUUGCACAAGAUAUGUGAAGAAUUUCCCAUUUUCGUGAAUAUUUUCUAAAAUAUCAACACAUUCCAUCCUUCAGAAAACAAAGAAAAUAUGUAUUCCUGCAAAAUCUGCUGUUGGCAAAAAAUAUGAAACCAUGAGUCCUCUGCAAGGCGUCGUUAAUAACUCGAGUGAGGUUUUACUCCCCAUUUCAUUCUUUGACGAUACAAGACUUUAUCCAAUCAAAGAUUAUGGGAAGAUGUUUAUUUAUUUAUUAUUAUUUUUUUUAAUUGUACCAACAUCUCAAGCCUGUGGUUGGAAAUUGAACAUAUUAUCAUCAUCUGUAGUUACUCUAAAGUUUCGACUUCAGUGUUUUGUAGCAUUCCUAUCUGAAGUGCAUGAUGCCGUUCUUUGCUUGCCAAGCCCAAUAACAGUAUGACUGAAUGUGUGCAGAUAAUUCCUGUUUUACAGACUGGCCCUUUAGGCCUGACCCUGGAGGUUCGUUCUAAACGUGUGAUCAACCCUCUGUGGAUAAUUCCAAUUUUACAAUGUGUUUAAAUCACACUAGAGCCCAGUAGUGUGUGCUUAGCAAAUCAUUAUGAAGAAGAAGAAUUCUGGGUUAAGCAUUCCUACUGAGCCACUUCAGAAAAAGGAAAUCACGGCAGAACUGCAACCAUAGAUUUUGUUUCUAAACCUUUUUAAAAAUUCCCGUUGAGGGGACGCAUCAGUAGGCUUGCUCAAUGGGGGUCUUAAUAUUUUGCCGUAUUGUAGAUUCUUCAAAAAAAAAAAAAAAAAAAAAGAAGUGAAAUCAGAAUGUCCAAUUAGUUGUUCAGCACCAGUCGGUUUUCACAGAGUAUCUUGCACAAGAUUCCUGCAUGAAGCUGUAUUUUAUGAUGGUGAUGAAUUUUUUUGUCUUUUGUGUUGUAUCAGGAAGUUGGUGUGACUUCUUGACAUGGGAAUACUGAGAAAAAAAAAAGUAGAAUAAGUAGAUCUUUAUCUCCAUUUUCCGAAAUUCUAACACUCUGGGUCUUGACUGCUUGAGUUAUUUAUUAAUGACAUUACGAUGUUUCUGAGUAGGAGUGGCACUUUGUACACAACAGCAGGUAAUUUCAACUGCUUAGACGCAAUUCGGGUUGGCCGAGCCUAAGAAGAUCAAGAGAUGUUGCUGCUCCCUCGGUGAAUUCUUUCCUUUUCUUCAAGAAGCCACCUUGAUGGCGUUCAUGUCCUCCAGAAAUGUGACUGGAUCUUUUGCACUUUGCACCAGGGCGAGCGUCAGGUUGUUCACUAUCAGCCUUGAAGCUUCUGAGCCUUUUAUGUCAAAACGGACAAUUCCGUCUUCAAUAAACCCCUCGGACUACUGUUGGGAGGCACAUUUUUUUUUUGUGCUCUCCUCCUCAUGUGCAGUGAGGAUCUAUUAGUUGUCCAAGAAACUUUAACAUUUGAAAAGUUAUGAUUUUAAUGCACGAAUAGUAUAUUAGGCUACUGACAUUUAUGUGCGGUAUUUGAUAGCUAACAAUAUUUCUGUCUUAAGUGUUUCUACGGAACAAGGGAGAGACGGAGAAAGAGAGGAAAUUAGCUUUCCGAUUCCAAAUCACAUGGCACUAAAACGAGGCGUUUCAGAUAUAAAAUAUAAUGUGAGUUGAACAGGAGGAUUUCGAUUAAAUUUACCGUUUCUAGGGUAGAGUAUGGGAGAGAGCAGAGAUUUUUGGUGGUCUUGUGCCCCCUGGCAUGUGGCAUCCUCUAUUCCUUAAAUCUUGGUAGAAGGUGAAUGGGACACAACACAGGACUGCUUAUCAGCAUUGUCAUAAAAACGUGUAUUAUGGAAAACCUCCAGUUGUUUGGAGUUUGGUUCAUUUUUAUGAUUACUGGCAUUGUAAGUGUUACGUGUGGAUCCUAAAAAUCCUUCACUUGUACAAAUGUUCUUCUUCUUUUUUUUUUUUUUUACACCCACAUACAAUCUGGUGUUUUUCUCUAUUUUCUUUUUUUUUAACCACCUAAUUAGGGUUGAAAAAUCAACUCUAAAGUUUUAAGAAUUCCUUAAAACAAGUAAUGAAGAGUGAGAUUUCUUAAUGUAGGAAAAAUAUGUACAAAUAAUUGAGUCAUUAGUAUUUUCUGUACAACAUCUUAACACUGAGUUGGGUAACACUUUUUACUAUUACUAUCUGUAUUUUAGGAUUAACUAAAUGAAAGGCUUCUUCCCAAACCCUUAAAACAUUGUUAAAAUAUAUUUGAUUUUUUUUAUGUGCAGCAUUGCUAAUCUGAAAUGUAAAAAAAAAAAAUGAAAAUAGCAAUUUCUGUACAAAUUAACAUCCUGUAUUAGCAAUGUAAAUUGUGGAUGGCCAUGAGUGUGCCCUGCAUCUUACCAGGGUUUCCUCUUGCUUUAGUUAGGCUUCAGUUGUCCGUUACCCUUUACCGAAUAAAAACAAAAAAUUAUGGAUUCCAACAAUGCAUGAAUCAAACAUAAUAUUACCAUAAUAAGACUUUUUAAAUUUUUUACUUUUUUUUAAUAUGGUGAUCAGUUCAGGGUUGUGGGGUGCCUGUGCCUUUCCCAUCGACAUUAGGUACAAAGCAGGAAUUAACUCUGAAUAAGGAGGUAGCUGCUUUUUUUUUUUAUAAUUUAUCGUUUUGAUUUUUUUUUAAUAUAGAAAAUGUUCUUGUACUGUGAUAGUCAAAAAGUGUUCAUAAUAAUGGACAUAAUGUCAAUGGCAUUCUAAUGGGUCUGUUAAAAAUACAGCCAUUCUGAAAUCAUAAUUUUAAAUGGCAAAUCACCCAGACAAAUGAUUACGUGUUUUAUUAUGAAAUAAAGACAAGUGCUAUAAGUAACUCCUUAAUGUGUGGCAGUGUUAGUUAACAGCUAUUCUCAAACUUAUUUAAUGCAAUUCAGGGUUGCGUGACCUUUAUGAGAAAGGGAAUAUGUUGCAUGGGCUUGCCGAUUUCCCAGCUAAAGUUGAAAUUAAAAAAUAAUUAAAUGGAAUGGAAUUAAGGGGCAAAAACGUUCUCGAGAUAGGACUACGUAAAUAUCUGCUGAGUAACGACACUGCAACAACGUGUCUCGAGAAGGAGCAACUGGGACAUUUUUGUUCUUGUAUAUAUGGAUGGGGAUGUAUGUAUCGUAUGCUUAUUUAAAUCUUAUAGAUGUAGUUACCAGUCGAAUGAUUAUCGGAGAUUCUGAUUCAAAGCUUUGUCUUUGUUUGCCCCAAGUCUUAUAAAUUUACCAGUAGCAUAUAUUAUAUAAAUAUAUAGUAUGUUAUUUUUGAAAAAGUUUCCACUUGUGAGGAUGUGCUGUGUUGACAGUGCCACACAUGUAAAAUAGUAGCUUUGUUUUUCAAACCUUCAGUCCUUUUAAAAUGUUAACUUUUAUAAUUUUGGAAGUAUCACGUUUCCAUUGCUAAACAGAGACAGGUUAGUCUGUUCAUCGUUUUUUUUUUUUUUUUUUUUGAUUCCAACAUUAAAACAAAUUUAGUUUUAGCAUUGAAAUUAAACCUUUUUUGGAACCAAAGUGAUUGAAGAAGAGAAAAUGCUACACUUCAAUAAUAUCUUGGGUUUAUCUUUUAUGUUAAUUUUGGUCAUUCCAAUGAAGAGUUUAAGGGUCUGCCUUUCCUGCAGAGCAAUGCCAGCCAUCCUCAGUAUUUCUGUGUUCCUGCUGGCGUUACACAAUUUAAUGUGAGUGGAGUGUCAGUGAGAUGUAAAGGUGGAUGAGCUUAGGUAAUUUCCUCUCGUUCUUGGGUAAAGAGGAUCUUUUAUUAUUGAAUAAGUGUUAAGAGGUUAAUAUAACAAACAAAUGUACUAUGCACAAAUUUAUUAUUUUUAUACUCUGUUGUGUCAUAUUUUUCAAAUGAUUGCCAUCAGAAGUUGUUGCUAAUCUUAACGUUGACUUACAUGAACACUAUCUGUACUGCAUCUGGAGAUCUUGUGAAUUCUGUAUCUUAUGGUUGCGAACUGUUUUUAAUGACUCUGAUUUCAAAUAAAUAAACACAUACGUACAA